AUGGCUUUCAAUCAUCCACAAGUCAUGUCGUACAUGCAAGUUUUCUCCGCCAAGCACGGACUGGAAAACUCAGCCAACGGCUUCGUCUUCUACUCCGAUGACGAACAAGCCCCCACAUUCCUCUUCCCCCAAAGAAUGGAACCAAGGCCCAUGUGCCGCGACAUCUACCACCUAGGUGAGGGUCAAAAGACCCAUUUUAUCCUCUCAAACCAGGAAUACCGCGUCAAUCAAGCUUGGAAUGAGGGUGAAUUCAAGUGGAUCAAAGCGAAAGAGGUUGAAUUCGGAUCUCCUGUGGUGAUUGGUAUGAAUGGUCGACGUAUUCUUGGGGUCCAAUUCGACAAUGAGGAGCAGGCAGAGAGGUCCAGUCAGGAGUUCAUUGACAGCUCUAAGAGCCUGUUCUAUUAG